AUGAGUCAAAAUUGUAUGACAAACAUUUUACCCCAGAGAACACCAGAAGCCAUGACUGUUGAUCAUGUCGUGCCAGCAAGUACAGAGGAGUCUGUACUCAAGGAGGAGCUUUUAUUGGAAGAAACUUUAGAACAACAAAUUCUCACAUUCCCCGUGUACCAGCAUUUCAUUGACUCGUUUCAGAAAUUCACAUCAACCAACACAAAGACCCUUGACGUAGUAGAGCGUUUGUAUCCCAACCUCACUGGUGCUACAUUAUCAGGACCACAUAAAAUUGCUUAUCGGUCUCAAACUUUGUACUUUAUCGAUGAUUACCAUUUUCAAUUCAAUGAGAUAACUAAUCCAGAUGAUCGUGAUAACUAUUCCAUUACGUUUUUGCAACUUGGAGAUGCUUUAUCUGGCCACAAGGGUAUUGUUCAUGGAGGCUUAUUAGCCACUUUGCUUGAUGAGCUAACUUGCCGUGUGGGAUUUCUCAAUUUUGAAAGUAAACGUGGGGUCACUGCGAAUUUAAAUGUCAAUUACAAGCAACCAACUAAAGUCGAUUCGUGGGUAUGUAUCAAGUGCACGGUGUUUAAGAAAAUCGGUAGAAAGUGUUGGGUCAAGGGAGAUGUUUAUUUAAUUGAUGAAACAAAGAAAUUCUUGGAAGAUUGUGAGUUGUUGACAUCAUGUGAGGUAUUGAUUAUUGAACCAAAAUGGGUUGAUCAAUUGAAGCAUUAG